UACGGCCGGAGUGUUAUUGCCAGUGGACAUGAACAGGCAUUUUAGGCCAAAUCUAAAUUGGAGUCCGAUGUAUUUAUGUAUUUGACUGCAUAGCGUCUGUAUUUACUGUACGACCGGCGUCGACGUCUGUUUAGUUUAACGCGUUUCUGUUUUUUUUUCUCCUUACAAAAUGUUCACGUUGUAGCUCGCCUGCUAACCGACCAGCUAGCCAAACGAGAGCUAGCUCGAUAGCUAAGCUAGCUAGCUAUCAUCCCAGCGAGCCGCCGCGAAGUGUAGAAUGGGAGAAAAGCUCGAACUCAAACUCAAAUCGCCGGUUGGAGCCGAACCCGCUGGCUACCCGUGGCCGUUACCAGUAUACGAUAAACACCAUGAUGCCGCUCAUGAAAUCAUCGAGACCAUCCGGUGGGUGUGUGAGGAGAUCCCAGACCUUAAGUUGGCGAUGGAGAACUACGUACUCAUUGACUAUGACACCAAAAGCUUCGAGAGUAUGCAGAGACUUUGUGAUAAGUACAAUAGAGCCAUCGACAGUAUUCACCAAUUGUGGAAAGGGACCACCCAGCCCAUGAAGCUGAACAAACGCCCGUCCAAUGGGCUGCUGCGACACAUCCUGCAGCAGGUGUACAAUCACUCAGUGACUGACCCAGAGAAGUUGAACAACUAUGAGCCCUUCUCCCCUGAAGUGUAUGGCGAGACCUCUUUCGAUCUAGUUGCUCAGAUCAUCGACGAGAUGGAGAUGAUGGAGGAUGACACUUUCGUUGACCUUGGCAGUGGAGUGGGACAGGUAGUGCUGCAGGUCGCAGCAGCAACAAAUUGUAAACACUAUUUUGGUGUGGAGAAAGCAGACAUUCCAGCAACCUAUGCAGAGACUAUGGAUAAAGAAUUUAAGAAGUGGAUGAAAUGGUAUGGGAAGAAGCAUGGGGAGUACACGCUGGAGAGAGGCGACUUUCUGUCUGAAGAAUGGAAAGAAAGGAUAGCCAACACAAGUGUUAUUUUUGUGAAUAACUUUGCCUUCGGUCCAGAGGUUGAUCACCAGCUGAAGGAGCGCUUUGCUAACAUGAAGGAAGGUGGUAAAAUUGUAUCCUCAAAACCUUUUGCACCUCUAAAUUUCAGAAUAAACAGUCGAAACUUGAGCGACAUUGGCACAAUAAUGCGUGUGGUGGAGCUGUCUCCGCUGAGAGGCUCUGUGUCCUGGACAGGAAAGCCAGUCUCCUACUACCUACACACCAUAGACCGCACCAUACUUGAAAACUAUUUUUCUAGUCUCAAAAAUCCUAAACUCAGGGAGGAGCAAGAAGCAGCUAGGCGGCGUCAACAGAAGGAUACUAAGGAUAGUAAAAGCAACAGCACUACCCCCACCAAGCCUAAAGAACAGAACAAGCAGGAUUCCUGUGGUGAGGAGGAGCGCCCCAGCUUGUUGACAGUGGUGAAAGCCUCUCCCAAACCCCGGAGAGCCAGGCUACUGUCCAAGGGUCGGAAGCUGAACAAUAAGAAGCGCGGCCGACCUAAGAAAGCUGUUGUUGCCGCCGCUGAGAGAAGGAACAAGAAGAGCCAGAGCGCCUUGGAGCUGCUGCAUGCCAAGACAGUCUCUGCAGCACCCCCUCAGGAUGCAUACCGGUCACCUCAGAGUCCCUUCUACCAGCUACCUCCCAAGGUCCAGCACUAUGCCUCCGGUCAACUACUGUUAAGCCCAACUCCUCCUGGCCUGCAACAACUGCUAGACAAAAUUAAGGUUCAGUAUCUCCAAUUCAUGGCCUACAUGAAGACUCCUCAAUACCGCUCCAAUCUGCAGCAGCUCCUAGAGCAAGAGAAGCUGAAACACAGGGAACUGUCAGGGCAGGCUGAGCAGCUCCAUUCUGUGUGCCAGUCUCACAAGGAUAAGAUCAAAGGACUCUUUCAGACUAAAUUGGAUGAGCUGGGAGUGAAGGCCCUGACUGUGGAGGACCUGCUGCAGGCCCAGAAGGAGAUCUCGGCCCACAACCAUCAGCUGAAGGAGCAGACCAAGCAGCUAGAGAGAGACAUGGCUGAGCUGCGAGACCACAGCCUGCUGCUGUUGAAGUCUCGAUGUGAGGAGCUGAAGUUGGACUGGGGCUCUCUGUGUCUGGAGAGUCUGUUGAAAGAGAAGCAGGCCUUGCGCAGACAGAUAUCUGAGAAGCAAAGACACUGCUUGGAGCUUCAGAUCAGUAUUGUGGAGCUGGAAAAGAGUCAGAGGCAACAGGAACUCCUUCAGCUCAAAUCCUACAGCCCCUGUGAGGGCUCACCCUACAGGAAGAGCCUAGAGCCACGCUGUUCCCUAGAUACUGACUCCUCUAAACUUGGCCUGUCCUCUGCUCCUGCCCUUAAUGGCCUCAGCCCUGAGCUUUCCAUCAACGGCACUGGCUCACCCUGUUUUGACCGGGCUAACGCCAAGGGAGAGCUCCUCUCCCGCUAUCUGCCCAUCUCCCCAGACCACGAGAUCGUACCUGCCACCUCCGAUGCAAGGCAGAGGCAGCUUGGUUCCUCCCAUGCACUCCCAGACUACACCCGCUUCUCCCCAGCUAAGAUCGCCCUACGGAGGCACCUCAACCAGGAUCCCACUUCAUCAGCUCACUUUAGAGGUCUGGGGCUGGCUACACACAGGGGGGAAGUGGGUGGUGUGACCUCUCCACUUGGAGCCAAACAGAGCUGCUCCUCUCCCAACUCAUCUGAUGCCCAGAAUACCACUCCUAAGAGUUCUGAGAGGGGUGGUAAAGAGAAGAGUCCAUCUGGUCAAGGUGACAACACCAUCACAAGCCUUCCCAUCAGUAUCCCCCUAAGCACUGUUCACCCCAGUAAACUACCAGUCAGCAUCCCUCUGGCAAGUGUUGUGCUGCCCAGCCGUGCUGAGAGACUGAGGAGCACACCAAGUCCUGUGUCUCAGACAGGUCAGACCAAUGGUUACUCCUCCAAUUCAGGGCUUAUGAAUGGAGGCUCCUACCCUGAGGAACACAAUGUUGCAUCUUCCUCCCCCUCUUCACAUACCAACACCUCUUCAGCAGGACCAAUGAGCCGGGGAGGUCCCAUCCAGAGCCCCCCACUCAGCAGUGGUGGGGUGCUCCAGUAUGCAGAUGGACCCCCAAGGAUUCUUCCAGAAGAUGGGCAGGAGCGCCAGGGGGGGGAAUCUGAUCCAGAGCCACCAGACAACGAAUCCCGGCGUCGCAUCUUCUUUUCCUCUUCCUCCUCGUCAUCCUCGUCUUCCUCGUCCUCCUCAGGUUCUGGUGGCAGUGCAGCUGGAGCCUCACGCCUCCAUCAUCACACUGGCAGCCAGAGCAAGCAGGGACACCACGGCAACCAUGGAAGUCACCACCACCACCAACACCACCACCAGUCACCCAGCUCGCAGCACACACACACGCCCACACACCCACCGUCAUCACACUCCUCCCAUGGCCCCAGCUCUCAGGAGGGCCGCAAGCGGGGCAGGAGGAAACGUAGCUCAGCGGGGAUUAUCACAGCCAGUGGAUCCCCAAAGAGGAGGUCAUUUCCGGGAGUCAACUCCAACAGCCACUCCUCGGGGUCACCACUCAACAUCAACUCCAUGGUGAAUAACAUCAACCAGCCUCUGGAGAUCUCUGCCAUCUCCUCCCCUGAGCAGUCGAGCCGCAGCCCCAGUGGUCCUGAUCUGGACCAGCCUCCUGUCCUGAAAAGAGAACGCCCACUGGAGGUCAAUGGGACAGGGCGCUACUCCUCAGCCCCCAGCUCAGAUGAUGAGGACUCAGGAUACCCUGCUGACAGUUCCAGCUCGCGAAUUGAAAGGAAAAUUGCCACUAUAUCACUGGAAAGCAGAGAUGGACCAGGGAGAAUAGGAGAAGGUGAGAGAGGUAGGAAAUCGGGUAGCAGCAGUGGUAAUAGCACAGGUAGUGAGGCUUCAUCUUCAUCGUCCUUAUCCUCUACUAGCAAGUGGAAGUCCACCUUUUCUCCCAUCUCUGACCCCAAGCAGCCUGGCUCUGACUUGAGACAGGGGGGUUCCCCUUUUGGCAUGGGGGGAUCUGGUCGGGGUACAGACUCAGACUCUGACCACAAACAGCAGCAUCAGCAGACAAGGAAAGGAAGUGAAGGAGAGACCUCAUCCUACAUGGCCCCAAACCCCUUCCUCAGCCAGGAGACAGGGGCCUGGGGUGGAGGAUGUAGUAGCAGUGGGGGUUCCCAAGGACCCAGUGUGUCAGAUCAGCGGCCGGCAACCCAGAAGCAGAAGGGUCCUCGAGACUGGGAACUGAAAACCAACAGCAGCCUGGCCAGCCAGAACCUCUUUAUCUCUGCUGCCGCCAGCAGCGGAGGGGGCAUCCUGAGUGGGAAGGUGGGGGGUAGCCCUGUAGCCGUGUCAUCAGCCACAGGAGCAACUGUGGGACCGUACCUGGGGACUCAGUUCCCUCUUGGAGGGGCCUCUGUCUUACAGACCCUGUUUGGGGCCCAGACAGGCGCAUCCACGGUGAGUGGACCUUCACGGCUGGUCAACGGACACUCUGCCCUGGGGAGCUUCUCCAGUGCUGGGCUGGCAGGGGGAGCAGCUGGAGGUAUAUUUCACCACGUGGUUCCCCCAGUGUCCUCCCAUCAGUUUGGGGCAGCGCUGCCCACAUCUGGAGGCCUCAGCUCCCUGCUCAGUCUCUCCUCCUCUCCCUGCACCUCCUCCCAAUCUCAGCAGCACACCGCUCCACAACCAGCCUCCAUGCGCCUGGCCUCAAUAUCCUCCCCGCUACCCCUCUCCCUGUCCCAGGCCCAGCACAGCCGCACACAGUCAGUCCUGCACAGCCCCUCUCCUCCCACCCUCACCCUGCCACCUCCCCCACCCCUGCAUAGUGUCCCCUCCACCACUGCACCCGCACACUCCGAUCCCUCGUCCUUGCCCUCCUCUCGCGCAGAGUCCUUCCUCUCCUCCCGUCUGUCCCACUCCUCCCUCCACCACCAGAGGGCACAGUCAUCCCUCGCGCUCUCCAUCUCCUCUUCCUGCCCUUCAUCCUCUUCAUCUGUCUCCUCUGUGUCUGUGUCUGCUUCUGCCACUGCUGCUACUGCCUCCCUUUCCUCCUCCCCUCUGUCGAUCUCCUCCUCGUCCUUGUCCUCCUCUCGCCCCUUCACGGUGCACUACACCCCGCGGCUGCCCCCUCCACCACCAGUCAGCAGCUCAGGAAGUGGUGGUGGGGGCAUGUGGAGGACUCUGAGUGUGCACGUCACCCACACCACAUCCCAGCUCCCUGGCUCCAGACCCAGAUAG